UUUGUGGCGUGGCGCGAGUGGUGGGCUGGGUUGUGAAUCAUGGCUGCCGGGAGGUCGCUGUUUGCGGGAGCAGUGCGCGGUGUGCUAGUGGGCAGGCGGCUGUACUGUGACCGGGCUGCGGAGGGCAGCUCUAAAAAGAAACCCAAGACAUUUCCCAAAAUCUACACAAAAACAGGAGACAAAGGUUUGUCCAGCACAUUCACAGGAGAAAGGAGGCCCAAAGAUGAUCUUGUAUUUGAAGCACUGGGAGCGACUGAUGAAUUGAGUUCAGCUAUUGGGCUGGCCAGAGAAUUUGGUAUUGAUGCUAACCUCCCAUUUGUGGCAGAACUUGAAAAGAUCCAGUGUAUGCUGCAGGACAUUGGCUCGAAUAUUGCAACACCCCUGUCUUCUGCUAGAGAAAGCCACAUAGUCAAAACAACAUUUGAUGCAGAACCUGUCCAGGAAUUAGAACAAUGGAUCGAUAAAUAUACUGCUCAGCUUCCCCCGCUGAAUAACUUCAUCCUACCGUCGGGAGGAAAAGCGAGUGCAUCUCUGCACGUUGCCCGGGCUGUGUGCCGCAGAGCAGAGAGAAGUGCCUUCAAAAUUGUAAAGGCUGGAGAGGCAGAUGCAAAUGUUGGGAAGUACUUGAACAGGCUGAGUGAUUAUCUUUUCACACUGGCAAGGUAUGCAGCCAAGGCAGAAGGCAGAGCGGAGACAACAUACACAAGGACUCAGUCAUGAAAACUCUGUGAAAUAAAGUGGGAUUUCCUGGUGUUUAAGAAGGGAGGAUGAUAAGAACAAGCUGCAGUCUUAAAUCAUGUUGGUUUGUCAGCCAUCCGGUUUUGGUAUUUUGCUGCUGAACUUGUAACUAAACUCUCAAGACCAAAGAAUUUAAUUUACAAUGGGAAGUUUAUGGAAGAAAGAAUCUCUUGAAGGAUGGAUUUAAUUCGGCAGUUGAUAGAAUUGUUUUUUUGUGACUAAUAGAGUAGUCAUAUAUUGCUUGUGCGUUUUCAUUGUUUGGUAAUUCAUCCCUUCAUGUUUCUUAAUUAUUAUGUCCUACUCUACUUUAAAGGACAACUGUCACUUUAACACUA